CCAAGUUUAUUAUGAGGACUAUAUGCUCUAGAGACCUGAGGCUAGGCGGCUCUUAGGGGGCUUUUCAUAAAACAGGGCGAAGCUCCUAUAAAGGAGGCCAGUUUUGGAGCAGGCGCCGAGCAGUGCACAUCUACCCACAGUCUAGCCUCUUUCCAAAACAGUCAAAUCCAAGCAAUUCAUCUCUCCCCAACAUAUCUCGCGUUGUUAUCAUUUUUCCUGGGAAGUGCUGCUUUCUUUAUCCACGGAGCCUUUUCAAAUGUAUAAAAUGGAGUAUUCUUACUUAAAUUCCUCUGCCUACGAGUCAUGUAUGGCCGGGAUGGACACGUCAAGCUUGGCAUCAGCCUAUGCGGACUUCAGCUCGUGCAGUCAAGCCAGUGGGUUUCAGUACAAUCCGAUCAGGACCACGUUUGGGGCUACCUCCGGCUGCCCGUCGCUCACGCCGGGGUCUUGCAGUCUGGGGACCCUGCGGGACCACCAAAGCAGCCCGUACGCUGCAGGUAAGCAACCGCCAACUUUGUUCACAACUCCACGCUCUCUACCCGGGUAUAUAGGACGUCUUGAUUGCAUUUGAAAAUGGAAAUGUGUUUAGUAUUUACCAAACGAAAUUUGCUUACACAAAUGAAAUAAUUUAUCACGUUAGAAGCGAUUGCAGGCAAUCGGUAAUUCAGUUACGGAGUUACACUAUACCAGUCACACCCAAACCGCCAACAAAAUUACCUUAAGCUGCCAAAAUGAUAGGCAUAAUUUAUUUACUUUGCGAUGAGACAUAAAGCGUCGAAAAUAAUUAGAUAACCAAAGACUAAAGCUCAUUAUUGACAAGGAAUUGGAGUUACAAUAGCAACUACCGGGACGAAUGGCAACAUUAUGACACGUUUCCAAACUUGAACCCCAAUAUCAAAGCAAGAAUUAGUUUACCAUUACAAUUAACCACAUUACAGUUCAUCACUGGUCUCAAUUUAGCACUAAUCCACAAGAAAUCUAACAGAUUAUAGAAUAUAAUAACAAUAACCCGAUUUUAAACAGAAUCAUUCUAAUUCGGAUUGAUUUUAAUCUGACAACAUUGCAAUUAUAUAUGAUCAUAUCUUUCUAUUACUCUACAGCUAUUGCCAUUGCAAAUACAUUUAAUGUUGACAUUUAAUUCCCACAGUUCCUUACAAACUCUUUACGGAUCAUGGUGGACUGAACGAGAAGAGAAAGCAGAGGCGCAUUCGGACCACUUUUACCAGCGCGCAGCUCAAGGAGCUCGAGAGGGUUUUUGCUGAGACCCACUACCCAGAUAUCUACACACGAGAGGAGCUGGCGCUCAAAAUCGAUUUGACUGAAGCCAGAGUGCAGGUAGGCUAUGCUGUCCGGCGCUAUCCUCACCUCAUCCAAGUGCACCAUCUUUUCCGAACUCGAGUCAUUACGCACAAGGCUCCCUACUAUUAUUUGGGGGUUUAACAUUUUUCAUUUGGUUUAUUACGACUUUUGCCAAAAUCAGGUCCAUACAGAACUCAUCGGGCUGUUGUAUAUUAUUUGUGAAUAAUUACACAUAUGAGGGUUGUUUUCCGACUGUCAAUAUGCGGAUACAGUAUCAUGUUGCAUCAUCCAAUAUUGACAGCAUGACAAUGGUUUCAGUCAUUUACACAUACAGUAGGUCUAUUUGAUUUAAUGACAAUUUGAAAAACGCACACUAUCAGUUGUCUAAAUCUUUUGGAUCUGUUUUUCCUUUUAAAGGUGUGGUUCCAAAACCGACGCGCCAAAUUCCGCAAGCAAGAGCGCGCGGCCGCUGCUGCAGCUGCAGCUGCCAAGAAUGGCUCCGGGAAGAAGUCGGACUCUAGGGACGAGGACAGUAAAGAGGCCAAAUCUACCGAUCCUGACAGCACCGGAGGACCGGGGCCCAACCCCGUCCCAACGUCCAACUGCAGCGGGCCCAGUCCAACCAUUGGCCAGGUCAACGUUUCUAGCGGAAACGGACAAGUGGACCAAGGGAAGACGUCAGUGUCUCCCGGCAUGUGUGGAAACACACCGAGUCAAGGCUGGGCUUCUGCCCCGGGCACCAUCACCUCUAUCCCGGACUCAUUGGGUGGACCGUUCGCCAGCGUACUGUCCUCUUUGCAAAGACAGAACGUAGCCAAAGCUACAUUAGUAAAGACGAGCAUGUUCUAAUACAGCCGAGACCCAUUGACAAAAUCAACAAGAGAAACAUGGUUUACUGACUCCGGUGACUGAGGAGUGUUGAGUCGUGGAAGGAGGGAUGUUACAAGACAGACAGAAGGACACUGAUAGGCCUAUCAUAACCGCAGUUGUAAAAAUACGGUUAUCGUCUAGUAUCGUGGUCAUUCUGCACUUAUAACUGUCUGGUUCAAGUAACCACAAACAGCUGCGCAUUCAUACGCAGUCCCAUCAUAGGACCAGAUGUCAAAAUAUAUUGGACACUGUAGGCUACAACUGCUUCUUUUUUUUUAAGUUGCCA